UUAUUUUGCAACUAUAUUUCGGCACGCUAUGAUAUAGCCUACCUAUUAUAGUAUACAGCAGGCGCUCAUCGUCGGAAAAUCAGAUCAGUGCAUACGGGUAAGAACAUAAGCCAAGGCAACCUAGGCAACACAACGCGAUAUUUCUCAAAACAUUUUGAAGCCAAUCGUUUGCGAGCUAUAAUAUCGCUUGUAUGUGGAUUAGUACUUCAGCCCUUCAUGUAUUUGUCAUUUUAUGUCGGUGCAUAGAAGAUUGUGACAGACGAGCAUGAGAGGAUUAUCUCCAUAUCCGUGAGGGAUUGUGGGCUGGGAGGUGCAAUUUUUGCUGUGACUUUGUCUGUGAUGUGUUUUUCAAGUUAUAUCUGGCGGAGGCACGUCACAACAUCCUUCCUAUUGUUAUUAUUAUUGGAAAUUCACUCUCGCUGACACCACCUGGCUCUUCGGAAUAGGGAGAAAAACGGUCGACGGCGAGACUUCCUCUUCAAUGAAUAAUGGGCGACGUUCCACAACUGAUAAAAAUCGGAAUUUCUUUGAAAAUCCAACCCAGCAACGGUCCGGUAUUUUUCAAAGUGGACGGGUCGAGGUUCGGUCAGAACAGGACGAUAAAACUGCUGACGGGAUCAAAGUACCACAUUGAAGUAGUCGUCAAACCAGGGGCUGUUGAGGCCACCACGAUGACAAUUGGCGGAGUGAACUUCCCGUUGGAGCAGCAGUCCAAAGACCCCCAAUCCGUGGUUUACAGUGGACUUUAUAACACAGAGGGAGUCGUGCACACCAAAAGCGGGGAAAGGCAACCUGUUCAAGUCACUAUCCAGUUCACAGCAGCAGGGCUCUUUGAGACCGUCUGGCAGGUGAAAUACUACAACUACCACAAGAGGGACCACUGCCAGUGGGGGAACAGCUUCUCCAGCAUCGAGUACGAGUGCAAACCCAACGAGACCAGGAGUCUGAUGUGGAUCAACAAGGAGAUGUUCGUCUGAGGGGAUCCUCACAGCGCGGAGCCAACACGGAUUACUGACCACGUCAGAGGACUUUUAUAUCUGCCAGAACCAAGCCUUGUCGUAGGGCUGGGAAUAUCAGAACUAUUUAUUCCUUUUCCACCCCUCUUUAGUGCAAGGCCUGCGUCAAAUUUGUAACUUUUUUUAACAUUUCGGAUUCAAAUACUUUACUGCACUUUAUUGAGCUUUUCUGGUGCACUGAAACCUAUGAAGUACUCCAAAAAAAAAGUGCAACCCUUACCUUCUGGUCCUCUCGAUUGACUCAGUUGCACCAGGCAAGUUCAAUCGAGCGCAGAAAAGUAUUUGACCCUGGUCUGGUGCGUCGUUCCCACGUUUGAGUGUGUCAGUUAGUUCUCCUGGUGAGAUGGUACGGAGGUGAGGUAUUGUGUGAGUGCGUACCGUGAUUAUUUUGUUGCUGUAUUUUAGUAUUUGUGUUGUUUUUAUGGUGUGUGUGUGUGUGUGUGUGUGUGGUGGUUUAUGUGGACCUACCUCUGACAAGCAGGAUGAUAUCUUUACAUUUGUAUAAAGAGAUUUCAUUGAGCAAUAUGACACCAUUGUAUUGUCCUAUUUUUCUAUAUGCAAAUGCUGUAAAUGCAUGUUGAGGUACAAUAUUCUGAUAUUUUACCCUUUAUGUGCUAUGUCCUUACUAUUUUGAUUCUUUUUGAAAAAUGAAAAAUAUUUCAAAUUGUUAAGUAUGUUUACAUUGUCAUGUUCCAGUUUUGUCUACUUAAAACAUUGCAAUGUUUGGUUUUGCAAACUUGCUUAUGAAAAUGUUAAAUAAUGUCAAUUUGGGCCAGAAAUUGUAUGCA